AUGAACAAGGAGGGUCGCGCCGAGCCCACUCCGCCCGAGUGCGCCCUCGCGGCAGAAAUGUUCGACCACUUCUGCUCGGCGGGCACCAUGAAGCAGAUCCUCGCGUUGCACCGCGAAAUAUGCAACACGCUCAACCUAAAGCCCAACCGGCUGCCGGAUUUCUAUCCCAAACUAAAGGCGAAAUUGGUCAACUCCUGGAAGGCUCAGGCCCUCUUCAAAAAGUUCGACCUGCGAGCCAACCACAAGGUGUAUGGGAAGGGUAGAUCAUGCGCCCAGACGAAAGUGCUCAUAAUCGGCGCGGGUCCAUGCGGGCUAAGGGCUGCUAUUGAAUGCCAGCUAUUAGGCGCCAAAGUGGUGGUGAUAGAGAAACGGGACCGCAUGUCUCGCAACAACGUGCUGCACCUUUGGCCCUUUGUCAUCCAGGACUUGAGGGCGUUGGGCGCGAAGAAGUUCUUCGGGAAGUUCUGCGCGGGCUCCAUCGACCACAUCAGCAUAAGGCAGCUGCAGUGCAUCCUGAUGAAGGUGGCUCUACUUCUCGGCGUCGAGUUUCACGAGGGUGUCAGCUUCGAGGAGCUCCUGGAGCCAACCGUCACAGAGAACUCUGAAAGGCUGGGGUGGCGCGCCCGGGUGGAGCCCGCCGACCACCCUGUGUCGCAGUACGAGUUCGACGCGCUGGUGGGUGCCGACGGGAAACGGAACACCCUGCACGGCUUCAAGCGGAAGGAGUUCCGCGGCAAGCUGGCUAUGGCGAUCACCGCGAACUUCAUCAACCGCCACACGGAGCAGGAGGCGUCGGUCCCGGAGAUAAGUGGCGUUGCGUUUAUUUUCAACCAGAAAUUCUUCAAAGAGCUGUAUGAAGUGACGGGCAUCGACCUUGAGAAUAUCGUUUACUACAAAGACGACACACAUUACUUCGUUAUGACUGCGAAGAAGCAUAGUCUUUUGGAUAAAGGAGUAUUGUUAAACGACUACGCAGAAGUGUCUCGGCUGCUGAGCGUAGAGAACGUGGACCGCGGCGCGCUGAUGCGUUACGCCCAGGAGGCGGCGCGCUUCUCCACCGACGGCCGCCUGCCGCUGAGGGACUUCGCCCUCAACCACUACGGCGAGCCGGACGUGGCGCUCUUCGACUUCACGUCCAUGUACGCGGCGGAGAACGCCAGCAUGGUAUACGAGCGCCAAGGACGCAGGCUGCUGUGUCAGCUCGUCGGCGACAGUCUACUGGAGCCCUUCUGGCCUACUGGCUCCGGCUGUGCCCGUGGAUUCCUGUCGGCGCUGGACGCCGCGUGGGCUGUCAGGGCCUGGGGUCAAACCCCACCGCCACACUCGUUGGAGGUCAUCGCCGAGAGGGAAUCUAUUUAUCGACUCUUAGCCCAAACGACCCCGGAGAACUUGCACCGCGACUUUGGCGCCUACACCCUGGACCCUGGCACGCGGUACCCGAACCUGAACAGAACGGCGGUGACUCCCCACCGGGUGACCUCCUUCUACGACUCCGACGAUCCUUUGCCCCUGGACGCGACCUCCAGCGCGAGGAAACGCCGCCGCGAGUCGGACAUCCCCGAGGAGGCGCUCGUCGCGUGGGUCGGCCACUCGGAGCCGGGCAUCCGGGCGGCGGUGAGCGCUGUCGCCCUUUCGGACCUGGUGCGCCGCUACCGGCCCGACCUGAUGCCGCCCAGCGCCCCGCACAGGGCGGUCUACCACGUGCUGCAGCACGAGUUCGGCAUCGUGCCGUUCUCCGCUUCUGGUCACAGCCGGGACGUGGCGGACGGGAAGCUGCGCUCGUACCUCGCCCGGGUGUACAACGCGUUCAAGGGCGAGGUGCCGCACAUCCAUCACCAGACGGACGUCUUCGAUCAGAUCAAAAUAAGCCAACAGAAAGAGAAGCAUGCCCGAAAUACGACGGAGCAAUCAGUUUCUGUAUAUUCGAAUGCCGCAGAUACCGACAAGUCGACCCUGAGCUACAGAAAGAAACGACGUUCCCUACGCACCCCCCAAGUAAGUAGCGACCCCGCCGAGUUCAUAAGAAAGAAAAUCGGCAAGUUAGACCUUAAUGACAUCACGCAACUAGCACGACUGAUCGAAGGCCAUGACACAAUCGACAAAGACGACGCGCAUACGGACAAGCAAAGGGAGAUACAGGAGCAGAUCUUAGCGCUACUCGACCCCGAGGACUCCCCCGAUCCGAAACUGGUGAGGGAAUCGCUGGCGCGGCUGCUCGAGGGCAACGCGAAGACGCGCACGAGGCCGAGGGAAACGAAGCAGCCGAACAUGGCGCGCUUCUUCCGGGAGAAGAAAAUCAACCCGGGCCAACCGAAGCCGCCUCGCAAACUGAAAGGGCUGGACGCCGACACGAUCAAAGCGCCGGAUUUCUCAGACGUCUUCCAGGACGAUUCGGCCGAUACGGACGCCACAGUCGUCCCUACGGACAUAGCGAAGGCGGUCUCCCCGACGGAUGCCGCCGUCGAGCCGCCCGUAACCUACGCGAGGAGACUCUCGGAAACCGUCGCCAGCGCUCGACACUCUCAGAGCCCCUUUAUCCCGAUCGCGGGCCGCUCGAACUCGAUCGGAUCCAUAGAGAGUCUGCGCAGCACGAGGAGGAUAGCCGAGCUGUUCGAGGACCGCGAGAGCAUCAGCGCCGAUAUGGCGCUCCGUCGGCAGCGGAUGGCCGACAUCAUCGAGGGGAAACGCGCCACGCCCAGCCCCGAUCGCAGCAAGCGGCCGGAGUCGAUCGGCAACCCGGAGAUGGCGCUGCGCACGCGCCGGGUGGCGGAACUGAUGAGGGGGGGCAAGCCCAGAGCGAGCCCUGAGCCGCCGCAGCGGCGGAACUCUGGCGACAUGGCGUUCCGGAUGCAGAGGGCGUCCGACCUAAUUCAGAGGAGGGACGCGGAGGCCAGACGGCCCAGGGGCGGCGGCAGGCGGAAGGCAGCGCGCGAGAUAAUGAGGCAGCGCUUCGAGAAGAGCCUGCAGAUGCUCGCCGCCGAGCCGCGGCCCGACUUCGCGCCCUCCGCCGACCUAGAGAACGACUACGGGCUCCAGCAGUACAGGGCCAACGCGCCGCAGUUCGACGAGCGAGUGCGCAAGCUGGAGAAACAGUUGCAACACUACGAAGAGGGACGAAUAGUGGGGGGCGGUAGUAGGGCAGUGGGGGGCGGCGCAAGAGUCGCUCGCUUGGCGGCCGAACUGUCCAGCACCAACGCCCCCGCACCGCCGAAGGCGUGCAAGCCCAAGGACCUGAUGAGGUCGGUCGGCAAGAUAGAGCGGGACGAUUGGAACGUCAAGGAGAUAGAGAGGAAGAUCAUGGAGAACCGCCUCGGCAGGCCCGAGCCGAGGGCGGCCGAGAAGGUGCCCAAAUGGGACAGGGAGCAAUUCCUCGGCCGUCAACGGCGUUUGAAGGAAGGCGAACAGUCCGAAGAGAAAUGGGGAGAGAUAGACGACACUCUGCACAAGCUUGAUCAGAAACUGAAGGACUCUGGUCGACCGGAUCACGGAACCAAAAAGGUCGCCAAUUUAGCUACGAAAUUCGUUAAAAAGGAGGAACCUGAGAUAGCAAAAGUUAUUCCCAAAGAGGAGAGCAAGAGGAGCUGGCGCGGACCGGCGUCGACGGGGGUACAGUGCGCCGCGUGCGGAACGCGCGUGUUCGCAGCGGAGGGCGUGACCGCCGACGGGCUGCAUUUGCACAGGGCGUGCUUCCGGUGCGCCGUCUGCAAGGCCGUCUUGAGGCCCGGAAACUACACGAUGGAGCGUUACGGGAGCCGGCUCGUUUGCUUGCGGCAUUCGGGAGUGAGCGUCCCGGACGCCGUUGCCGCAUCGAGCGCUCUGGAACCUUCCAAGCCGCAGGCCGUCACGCCCACACCGGAGAGGAUCAGUCUGGAGCUGUCGGACGGCGGCGCGCGGGAGAUCGACGAGGACGAAUGGACCGACAGGAACUGCCUCGCGUCUGAGACGUCGUGCGCCGGCGGACUCAGCGAGGAGGAGGGCUCCUCGGAGGAGUGGACGGACGUGGAGAGCGACGGGGAGGCGCGGCGCUCCCCCCUCCGCGACCCCGCACCCCGCACCCCGCACCGCAGCCGAUCCGACCUCAUGCUGCUCUACUUCUCCGACGACUCCUUCGGCUACGACGAUUACUCCGACGACGGCGCGGAGUCGUCCGGGAACGAGUCCUGCUCGAGGAUGCGGGCGGCGAGGGAGGCGAGGCGGCGCGAGGUGCCGGCAGACGCGCGCCCGCCGACCGACAGCAGCGAGGUGGAGUCUGAGGAUGAGAGCGAGUCGAGCGACGAGGAGGUGUCAUCGGCGACGGAGGUGUCUACUGACAGUGAGUUCGCUCGCGAGGAGUGCGCACCGGCACCGUCCCCGCCCGCUAUCCUGGUGACGGAGGCGCCGCCGCCAGCGCCGCCGCCCCCGCAGGAGUACCCCUUGAGCAGAACGCGCUCGGCGGGCGGGCUGGCCACCAAGCGAGCGUUGGAAUUGAAAAGGAGGUACCUGCUAGGCGAACCGUCCCCGCCGGCCGUGAGAAAGUCCGACUCCACUUCGCAGCUGGACACGAAACUGGAAGCGUUCCGCUCGAACAUCACGGAGUUCCAGAAGAUGCUCCAUCCGGCCACCGCGCCGGCGAAGACCGCGCAGCAGAAACCGGUCGUCACCUUCCAGCUCGCCGAGGACUCGCAACGGGACAAAGUGCAACCGAUGCCGGACAUUAUAAAGAACUUGUGCGCCGACGCGCCGGUCGAUCUACUUACAAAAGUCGAUUCGCCGCUACGCAAGAGCGAUUGGAGGGAGCCGAUCGAAGAAGAGAAGAAGGAAGCGGAUUUGGAAUCGGACUCGCUCUCCGACGACGAUUCAUCUCAUACGGACACUGCGCCGAACCAAUCUGUGCCAAGGGUUGAAGUACAUGACGAAGGUGGAGAACUGAUACAACUGGAUAGCUUAACGCUCGUUAAUAGCGGUACAGAGGAUUACGACGAAAAAGUAUCAGGAACCGCCACGUCGACUGGCCCUACGAUUAUCGCUGCUGCCGAAUCGGAAUCUUCCGAAUCGUGCCGUGACGCAACUACACUUGCUUUGACCGAAACGGAGUUGUCCGAUUGGGCGGCAGAAAGCGCGGUAUUGGAUGAAUGUGGUCUAGAUGAAAAGGAAGAAAAGAAGAGAAAUAAGAACCCAAGACCACAU